CCUGGCAAGCUACACGCUAGCACUCGAGCUAACAACAUGUCGCGGGUGUACAUCGGCCGCCUGAGCUACCGCGCCCGGGAGAAGGACGUGGAGCGGUUCUUCAAGGGCUACGGGAAGAUCCUGGAGGUCGACCUGAAGAACGGCUAUGGGUUUGUUGAAUUCGAUGACCCCCGCGACGCAGACGACGCCGUGUACGACCUGAACGGCAAAGAGCUGUGUGGAGAGCGGGUGAUCGUGGAGCACACUAAGGGGCCGCGGCGUGACGGAGGCUACGGUGGUGGAGGAGGAGGCGGAGGAGGAAGGAACAACGACAAGCCGUUACAAUCCCCCUCACAGUCUUCAGGGCAUGGCAGAGGUCAUCAAACUACAAGUGGAUAUGGACGUUUUGGAAGAGACAGAUAUGGUCCGCCUAUAAGGACAGAUUAUCGGCUCAUUGUUGAGAAUCUUUCCAGCCGCUGCAGCUGGCAGGAUUUAAAGGACUACAUGAGGCAGGCGGGGGAGGUGACUUACGCCGACACCCACAAGGGCCGGAAAAACGAAGGGGUGAUAGAGUUCAGGCUCUACUCUGACAUGAAGAGGGCCCUGGAGAAGCUGGACGGCACCGAGGUGAACGGCAGAAAGAUCCGGCUCAUCGAGGACCGACCCGGAGCCCGGCGCCGCCGCUCGUACUCCCGCAGCCGCAGCCACUCCAGGUCUCGCUCCAGGAGCCGCAGGUCUCGUAAGAGCCGCAGCCGCAGUGAGAGCAGCAGCCGCAGCCGCUCCCGCUCCAGGGCGGCGUCCCAGUCCCGCAGCCGAUCCCGUAGCAAGAAGAACAAGACGAAGGUGAAGAAGGAGGAAGAGGAGCGCAGCAACGGCGCUCAGAAGAACAAGGAUCGCAGCAGGAGCCGCUCGCCCAAGAGCCGCAGCCCGAAGAGCCGCUCGCCCAAGAGCCGCAGCCCCAAGAGCAAAAAGGCCAAGAAAGAAGGGAAGAAGAUAAAGAAGGAGGAUUCCCGCUCCAGGUCCCGCUCUCGCUCCAGGUCUCGCUCUCGAUCCGGAAUCAAAGAUCGUUCCAGGAAGUCGGGCUCGAAGGGCCGCGAGCCGCCGAAGAGCGACGACGAGGGCGGCGAGCCCGUGAGGCGCUCUCGCUCCCGCUCCCGGAGCCCGGUCGACCUCAAGUCCAGAGCCAGGUCCAAGUCCAGGUCUAAAUCCAAGUCCCGCUCCCCCCCACCUGCCAAAGCCCGCACGCACUCCCGCUCCGCCUCACGAUCAGAGUCCCGCUCCAAAUCCCGCUCUCCGUCUCGUUCCCGUUCCCGCUCCUAGUUUCAGGUCGUGGACUGUUUGUCAUGAGCCCUCAUCCCAGUGUCUCCCCCCCGACCCCCC